CUCAAUUGAUCCCGAACCCUAGUCCCCCAUUACAACAGCCAUCAGCUAGAGCAGAGAGCAGAUCGGCGGACUGACGGCAGCGGCGGGGGAGUAGCCAAGAAAUCAUGGUGCACGUCUCGUUUUACCGCAAUUAUGGGAAGACAUUCAAGAAGCCUCGUCGUCCUUAUGAGAAGGAGCGACUUGAUGCUGAGCUAAAGCUUGUUGGAGAGUAUGGUUUGAGGUGCAAAAGGGAGCUAUGGAGGGUUCAGUAUGCCUUGAGUCGUAUUAGGAACAAUGCUAGAAAUCUCUUGACCCUUGAUGAGAAGGAUCCCCGUCGUAUUUUUGAGGGUGAGGCUCUUCUGAGGAGGAUGAACAGGUAUGGUCUGCUGGAUGAGAGCCAGAACAAGCUCGAUUAUGUCUUGUCCCUCACCGUGGAGAAUUUCCUUGAGCGCCGACUCCAAACUUUGGUCUUCAAGGCAGGCAUGGCCAAGUCUAUUCACCAUGCUAGAGUCCUGAUCAGGCAAAGGCACAUUAGGGUCGGGAGGCAGGUUGUCAAUGUCGCAUCUUUCCUUGUGCGAGUGGACUCCCAGAAGCACAUUGAUUUCUCUCUCACAAGCCCCUUCGGUGGUGGUCGCCCCGGAAGAGUGAAGCGAAAGAACCAGAAGGCAGCUGCAAAGAAGGCCUCUGGUGGUGACGGAGAUGAGGAUGAUGAGGAGUGAAGUUGUAGGUUCUCUUAAUCUUUAAGUUUACUGGUUUGGAGCAGGUUCAAUGUGCUUUUCUUUGCUGUUUUGUAGUGAUAAAUUCUCUUUACAUUAUCAGUCGUUUUGUUGAGAUAUUAAUAGUAUGGAUGAAAUUGUCUUUGACAAUUAUUGUUAAAUUUUGCCAUUUAUGGAAUUUAAAACUUCUGCUGUUC